CGUCCGUUCACAGGUGCUGAUGUGCGUCAUCGUCGGUGGUUCCACCUGAUCUACUGACUCGCUGAACGUCUCCAUGGCGCCGCUCUCCAUCCAGUCCGGAGUGAAAUACGCCAAGACGCUGCUGCCAGAGACUCUGGUGAAUGCUUGGCGCGUGCCUUGGUUGGGACCAGCAGAGGCUGAUCGUGUUGUGUUCACCUGCCAGGUCCGUGUCCUCGGUCCAGACCACCCUGUCCCGACACAUCCUGCCCUCAGCUCAGCGCUGCUUCAGGGUCUGCAACCACAGCCGGAGGCGCCGCAGGGGUCUGGUGGCGUCGUCUCUGGAGGAGCUGCUGGAGCAGGCCGCCAGGGUUUUGAUGUUGUCCUGCCAGUUCCUGACCCUGGUUCUGGAGGAGGACGGAACCGUGGUGGACUCGGAGGAGUUCUUCCAGUCUUUGCCCAGCAACACGUCGCUGAUGGUGCUGGAAGAGGGAGAGAUGUGGACGAAGAACAAGAUCUGCCCUAGCUUCCGUCAGCCCAAGAGGAACGGGGUUGCUAGGCUGACCUUUGACCUCUACAAGCUGGACCCUAAACACUUCCUGUGCUGCUGUGCCAUCAAGGCCACUCUGUACGAGAUGUACACGGUCUCCUACGACCUGAGGUGCACCAGGAUGAAACACGUCUUCAAGUCGGUGCUGCGCUGCUUCACCUCGCUGACCCGAAUGGCGGGCCAGCUGCUGCUCUACACGUCCUCAUCGCUGCUGCCGUUCACCGGGGACGAUGACUGUUAGUCCAGACGGCCGAUUCUGUUCCUCCCAGUUCACUUCCUUUGUUCGGACACUUGCCUUGUUUUACAUGUUGAAAGCAUUUGAUGUUUUAGCCUUGAUUUCACUUACUUCUGUAUUUAUAUGAAUUGAUUUGGGGCCAUAAAUAUUGUGUCUCUAAAUA